CUUCUAUCUUUUUACUUUGGUCUUCCCCAGUCUUUUUCCCCGCCUUGGCCUUCCCCAUUGGUCUCAACCAUACCUAAUUGACUCGGUCCCCAUUUGCCUAAAAUCCAUCCCGACAUGGGAAUAUGUCGGGAAGCCCAACGGGUGCGGUUCCGCGGGUCGUCAUAGUUUUUUUUCUUUCCUACACAAAAAGGUCCCUGAUCCCGAGUCUGGAUGCAUGAUCUCGGACUGCAUUCUCCUCUCUCCUCCCUCCCUUCCUCCCUCCUUACUUCCUUACUUAACUCCUCUUCCUUCUUCCUAUCUCCUUCCCCUCCCCUUCCUCUUUUACUCCUGUCGCCCCCCGCUUCUUCCUACUGGAUUUCGGAGUAGUGACCCAACACCGGCAAGCCGAAAGCUCCUAAUGUGCUGGGCAUGAUUUAGUUGGAAAACUUCAAAUACCUCCCAUCACCCAUACCCCACGGGGUCUUUUCAUUGUCAGAGACGACUUGAGAAAACGACAAUCCCCCAACAACCACAAGCCAUGGCGGACAUCUCUAAGUCCGGCUCUGAUGCCGCACACCUUGAGGAAAGGCCCAUAACCACCGCAGCGAACCCGGCGCUGGCCGACCCAGCAACGCGCGCGCGGGUAGAGAAGAGCCUGAAACGCAAACUCGAUGCUCGCUGCGGCUUCUUCGUUAUCAUCUAUAUCAUGAACUACCUGGAUCGGAACAACAUGGCCGCUGCUCGUCUUAAGGGACUCCAGGAUGACCUCAAACUGGAUAACAGUCAAUACGCGACCUGCCUUAGUAUUCUUUAUGUCGGCUAUAUUCUGAUGCAGGUCCCUUCCAACAUCUUCAUCAACAGAAUCUCGCGGCCCUCUCUUUACAUCGGAGCCGUUAUGCUUGUCUGGGGUCUUAUCUCGACCUUGUCAGGCGUCGCCACCAACUUUGCGGGAAUGGUUUGCAUCCGUUUCUUCCUGGGUUUUGUUGAAGCUGCUUUCCUACCGGGAGCUCUCAUGAUCCUGUCGAAAUGGUACACUCGUCGUGAGCUCACAACGAGAAAUGCCAUCCUUUUCUGUGGAAACCUUAUCUCGAAUGCAUUCUCUGCACUCGUUGGAGCUGGUGUCCUCUCCAACAUGCAGGGCACUCUUGGUCACGCUGCCUGGCGUUGGCUCUUCUGGAUUGAGGGUGCCGCCACAAUGUUCAUUGCCAUUUGCGCAGCAAUCAUUCUUCCUGAUUUGCCGACCAACACACGCGGUUUCACCAAGGAUGAGCUUGACCUAGCUCAGCUACGAAUGGCCGAGGAUGUCGGCGAGGCUGAUGUUGACUCUGAGGAUCAAGGCCCGUGGGAUGGCUUCUUCAUGGCCAUCAAGGAUAUCAAGAUCUAUAUCAUGAUGAUCACCUUUACUGCUUACGUGGUCGGACUCUCGUUCAACGCCUUCUUCCCUACUCUUACUGGAACCCUCGGAUUCGGUUAUGUGCCUACCCUGCUUAUGAGCGCCCCGCCAUGGGUGUUCUCCUGUUUGUUCUCUCUGGUCGUUGCCUGGAGCUCCGAUCGGUACCAAGAGAAGUUCUGGCACAUUGUUGGCCCCAUCCUCGUCGGCCUGGUCGGAUUCAUUAUCAGCAUGAGUACUCUGAACGUCGCGGCUAGAUACGUCGCUCUCUUCCUUCAAGCCGCUUCCUACGCUGGAUUCAUCGUCUUCUACUCCUGGAUCAGUUCCUCCUUCCCCCGUCCCCCCGCCAAGCGUGCCGUCGCAAUCGCCAUGAUCAACGCAUUCAGUCAGCUCGGCAACGUCGCCGGUUCCUACGUCUGGGAUCUCCCCGAGAACGGAUACCGGAAGAGCUACGGCAUCGUGACCGCCAUGUUCGGUAUCACGAUCGUCGGCUGCUACGGCUUCCGCAUGCUCCUCAAGAACCUGAACAAGGAACUCGAAGAGGCUGAGCAUGAAGACAUCCCCCAGCCGGAUGCGGAUGAGACCAGGGCAAUGAGCAAGGGUUUCCGCUACCUCACUUAGGUUCGGCCUGUGUCUGUUCUUGUUCUUGUAUAAGGG